AUGUUUGGAAGUUGGAAGGUUUCUUGUCUGGUCAAACAAGAUUAGCAUGUUUUUCAAAUAAAAAUUGGCCGUCCCACGACAAAUCGAAUUUUCUUAACGUGAAAAAAAAAAAAAAAAAAAAAGGGAAAAGCCAACAGCAACAGCCAGUACAAAAACAGGGUUAAGGUUGUUCAAAACCCAACUCCUCAUAAACCCCUCAAAUCUUUCGAAACUCCCAUAAACCCUCUUCUCUCCUCUCUUUCUCUCUCUAAAAGGAGUCAAGCCCAUUACUUAUUGUUGCAACCCAACUCCAAACUCAAAUCCUCAGCCAAAUCAAAAGAAAAAAGAACAAAAAAUGUUGAAUCCUUUGGUUUCCGAAACUCCAACAUCCCAAUUAGAACAUGAUGGAAGCUGCAAGAAAAUUGAUGAUCAUCUCUCCUUAUCCCUCAAAGAAGCCAAAUCCAUAGCCAACAUCUCUCUCCCCAUGAUCCUCACCGGCCUCCUCGUCUACUCCCGCUCCAUGAUAUCCAUGCUCUUCCUCGGCCGCCUCGGUGACCUCUCCCUUGCCGGCGGCGCCUUGGCCCUCGGGUUCGCCAACAUCACCGGCUACUCCAUCCUCUCCGGCCUCGCCAUGGGAAUGGAGCCCAUCUGCGGACAAGCCUUCGGAGCCCAAAGAUUCAAGCUUCUUGGCCUCACCCUACAAAGAACAGUCAUUCUAUUGCUUCUCACAUCAAUCCCCAUUGCUUUUCUAUGGCUCAACAUGAAGCAAAUCCUGAUCGUCUGCGGCCAGGAUCAUGACAUAGCCAUGGAAGCUCAAUCCUACAUUCUCUUCUCCCUUCCUGAUCUGAUUGCACAGUCAUUUCUCCACCCUCUCCGUAUAUAUCUACGGUCUCAGUCCAUAACAUUGCCAUUGACUUACUGCGCCGCAUUCUCUAUUCUUCUACACAUCCCAAUCAACUAUCUUCUCGUCACAGUCCUCAACCUCGGGAUCAAAGGCAUUGCCCUCGCCGGCGUUUGGACCAACUUCAACCUCGUUGGAUCGUUGAUCAUGUACGUUGCAAUAUCGGGAGCGUACAAGAAGACGUGGGCCGGGAUUUCCUCAGACUGCUUUAAGGGAUGGAGAUCACUCAUCAACCUCGCAAUUCCAAGCUGCAUUAGCGUGUGUUUGGAGUGGUGGUGGUACGAGAUCAUGAUCUUGUUAUGCGGCCUAUUGAUAAAUCCUCGUGCAACCGUUGCAUCGAUGGGAAUUCUCAUUCAAACAACCUCCUUAAUCUACAUUUUCCCUUCGUCUCUGAGUUUCGGAGUCUCCACGAGGGUUGGAAACGAACUCGGAGCCAACAGGCCUAAAUGCGCCAAACUCUCAGCAACACUAGGUUUAUGUGCAAGCUUUUUCCUGGGACUUGCCGCUCUUUUCUUUGCAUUCACAGUGAGAAACAUAUGGGCUAGUCUAUUCACUCAAGACCCAGAGAUUCUUGCGUUAACGUCUACGGUCCUGCCUAUAAUUGGCCUCUGCGAGCUCGGAAACUGCCCGCAGACGACAGGCUGCGGCGCGCUGAGAGGAACGGCGAGGCCGAAAAUGGGGGCUAAUAUAAAUUUGGGGUGCUUCUAUCUGGUGGGAAUGCCGGUGGCAGUGCUGCUGAGUUUCUACUACGGUUAUGAUUUCAAGGGGCUAUGGAUGGGGUUAUUGGCGGCGCAGGGAUCUUGUGCAGUGGCCAUGCUGUUCGUUUUGGCCCGAACUGAUUGGGAAGUUCAGGCAGUGAGAGCAAAAGAGUUGACGGGCAAAACCAGCCAUGAAGAUGGAGAUAUUGACGAUGAUGAUUCUUUGUGUAUAUCAGAUUAUACAAAGCUGGAUACUUCACCAGCUUAGUAUUUAAUCUAUUCUUUUUUUU